AUGUUCCCUCUCCGUCGUGCUCUAUUUCGUGCAUCCGGCUCAUCUGCUUCCAUUGUCUCGCGCUCCCGUAAUGUUCAGACACCAACCUCCUUUGCGCUAGGAGAAAAGCUUUCUCAAACCCCUUUCAAAGCCACUGUAUUUAGUCGCUUUAACAGCGACUAUUCUCAAGAGAACAGGUCCCAAGACUUCAGGUCAAAACAAUCUGGAACUCCAGAGUUUUCAGAGCAAAAUAAGUACAACAGCCAAUCAUCAGGCAACUCUAGAAGUUUGUCGGGAGGUGAAUCAGGUGGUCCACCAGAUCUUUCACCAAGUGCAAGCAUAUACGUUGGAAACAUAAUAUUCGACUUAACUGCCGAGAGAUUAGAACAAGAAUUUUCGCAAUAUGGAACCGUCAAGAGUGCAACAAUCGCAACAGACGCACGUGGCUUGAGCAAGGGCUUCGGGUACGUUGAGUUCGAGUCAGUCCAGGAAGCCGAAGCCGCAAUCAGUGGCAAAAACCAAACAGAACUUGAGGGCCGCCGGAUGAUAGUUAAUUUCCAAGCGAAAAGCAAACGGAGCAACAAGGUCAACCCUCCAUCAAAUACCCUGUUCGUAGGAAACUUAGCAUUCGAGAUGAAUGACAGUGACUUGAACAAGCUUUUCAGGGAGGUCCGGAAUGUCAUUGAUGUAAGAGUUGCUGUUGACAAGCGAACUGGCCAGCCAAGAGGUUUCGCACACGCCGAAUUUAUCUCUACAGAGGAUGCUAUCAAAGCAAAGGAACAGUUGACUGGUAAGGAAUUGUUUGGACGCGAGCUAAGACUUGAUUUCAGCACAGGCGUUCGUGGAACCCCAAGCACAAGCAGCUCCUAA